AUGAACCAAGAUCAGCGCGACUCCUCCGCCGCUGGCUCUGAUAGCCUCAAAGGUGCGCCUGCGCACGCAGUCUCUCAGCAUGUGAACAUGGCCGUUGAAGACAAUGGCGAUUCUGUGCACUUUGAUCCAAAGCUCGAAAGCCGGCUGCGACUGAAAAUCGAUCUAGCUAUAGUGCCGACUGUCGCAAUACUCUAUAUGUUCUGUUUCAUUGAUCGCGCCAACCUUGGUAAUGCCAGGAUUGCCGGUAUGGACAGGGACCUCGGCAUGCAAGGCUACGACUACAACAUGAUCAUCUCCAUCUUUUACAUAUCAUACAUUCUCUUCGAGAUCCCCUGUAAUAUUUUGUGCAAAUGGAUUGGCCCUGGCUGGUUCAUCCCGCUCUUGACGGUGCUGUUCGGCAUCUCUUCCGUGGGUACUGCCUUUGUCAAGACGGUGCCGCAGGCAGCCGGCGUACGCUUCCUUCUCGGCAUAUUCGAGGCUGGCAUGAUGCCCGGUACCGCGUACUAUCUCUCCCGCUGGUACCGACGAGCCGAGCUAGCCUUUCGUCUGUCCCUGUACAUUGUCAUGGCACCGCUCGCUGGCGCUUUCGGGGGACUUUUGGCCACUGCCAUCCUCAAGCUGAACAGCUUUGGGAGCUUGGAGAGCUGGCGCAUGAUUUUCGCCAUCGAGGGCAUUAUCACGACUGGCCUUGGCAUUAUCGCUUUCCUCACGCUCACCGAUCGCCCUGAAACAGCCGUCUGGCUUAGCCCAGAAGAGAAGAGGCUUGCCGUAGCCAGGGUCCAGUCCGAACGCGUUGGCAGCAAGCAGGCAGUGGAUGGAAUCGACAUGAAAAAGCUCAAGCGUGGCAUACUGAACCCAGUCACACUGAGUACUGCAGUUGUCUUUCUACUGAACAACAUUACUGUGCAGGGUCUUGCUUUUUUCGCCCCAACCAUUGUCGCCACAAUCUACCAGGACAAGAGCCUGAUACAGAAGCAGCUCUUUACAGUGCCUCCUUACGUCGUAGGAGCAUUCUUCACCGUGCUGUUUCCCCUCAUCAGUUGGCGCAUCGACCGACGCCAAAUAUUCUUCAUCCUCUCUGCCCCGCUCGUCAUGAUUGGCUAUGCUGUGUUCCUCGGCGUCCAGGAUCCAUCCGUGAGAUAUGGUGCCACCUUUCUCAUUGCUUCCUCUGCAUUCUCCCUUGGUGCUCUCACAAACGCGCAGGUAUCCGCCAAUGUGGAGGGUGACACUGCGCGCAGCGCCGCUAUCGGCACCAAUGUCAUGUUUGGCAACAUUGGCGGUCUCAUCAGCGGCUGGUCGUACUUACCCUUUGACUCGCCUGAUUAUCGCAUUGGCAAUGGCCUGAACCUGGCCGCAGCCAGUACCGUCCUAAUUAUCAGCGCACUCACAUUGUUGUGGCUAAAGGCUGAUAAUAACAAGAGGCGAAGCGCCGACAUCGACGAGAAGCUUCGAGGCAAGACGCAGCAAGAGAUCGAAGACAUGGAUUGGACUCAUCCAGGAUUUUUGUGGAAACUAUAA